GAAAUUGUACAUGUGCUGGAUGGUGCAAUAAAACUAAAAAGAAUUAAACUAAAAAACUUUCAAGUAACUUUUCUGAUAUCAAGGAUGCAAAAUCCCUGGGAACGAGGGUGUUUAAUAAUAAAACUUUUUCUAAGCAAACCGAAACUGGCAUGAUGUCUUAAACUAUUAAAUUAUGAUAAUCUUCUAUUUAUUCUCUCCAAUAUUGAUCAGAGACAUAAAAAUUUCAACCCAUCAACCGAAAUAUAUCAAAAGACCGGAUUCUGCAGUCCACACAAAUUGCCGAAAUAAGCGCACUGUAAAUUUCACACCGUUAGAAAUUGUUGGAUCAAAUGGAGAUACGCAAUCGCCAGAUCAAAGUUGAUUAAAAAAUUUAGGUUGAAAAUUUCUAUUCUUAAACUUUUAUAGAUUCCAUAUUUAGAGAUUUCAUAUUUCAAGUUUAUUUAUUCAUUCAGGGAAAAAAUACCCAGUAAAUUGUCAGGAAACACGAAUAUAAACUGAAACAUAUAUAUAAACAUAUAUAAACAUGUAACCUCGUCCACAGGGCAUCUUCUUCUUAACUGGUAUAAAAAAAGAGGCAAAAGGGGGUGGGAACAAGGUUGAUAUAAAUGUCUUCUCAAACUUUUACAUGGCUGUUUAGUGUAUGAAUAAAAACAUAUCAUGAAUAUUUAAGUCCAUUUAACAGUUGUAUUAAAGAAUUCAAAUUAAUACUCUUUAUCAAUGAAAAACUAAAAAGGUGAAGUUGAGACGAAAAAAUUAAAACAGAAUGUUUUUCUUUUUAAAAUACUCACUGUAUAUUUUAUUAACUCUUUUAAUCGCCUCGUGGAUAUGCAUGUUGAUUUCUCUUGGGAGUACGUCCUGGUUGAAAAUAACAGGCAUUGACAAAAUUACUUUACAUGAAAAUGUAAAUAACACAGUUACUGAACCGUCACAUCUUCCUGGAUUUUUAUUGGAUAUCACAUUCACGUUUGGAUUGUCAACAUACUGUGUCAACUCCUUUAACAACAAACUGAACGUUACAACGGAGAGAUGCAAGAAGAUAUCACAGACACAUCCAGAUAUACUAAAACAACUUAACAUAAACGAGCAAGUGUUUAAAGACGUCCAAAGAUUUUUGACACUGGCUAUAGUGUUCAAUGCGUUUGCAGUGAUUAUAACUAUAUUUGCGAAAAAGUUUGUAAAGAAAUCACUGGAAAGAUACAUGAAUUAUGCAGCCAUUUUGUUUAUUGCUCUUUCAGGUAUUGGUGCCAGCGGAAGUAUUAUAAUCGCGUACCGGUCAAUGCAUGGAAAAUCAACUGUUUUUCAAUCUAAAUUUGGCGUCUUUACUGUGACAAACGUAAUAACAGACUUUUCAUUUCUAUGUGCGUGCGUUGGCAAUGUGUUUUUGCUAUUGACGUUAGUCGUGUACAUUACCGAACAAAAAAGUGCAAAGAAGACAGUUCAAAGUGAAGUUAUGUCGUAUAGAAUGCUGUCACAGCAUUCAGAAGUAGAAGUAGAAUAAAAUUACUGCUUCACAGUAAAGAAAACGAGUCCACAAGAUGCAUGGUUUUUGAGAAAUAUUCUCUGAUCGCAGUAACCAGAUGUUUCUUUAAAAUGGUAACACUAAAGUUGCUUAAUAGCAGACACCUUUUUACCACAGACAAUUUACUCAGGGCGAAAGAAAUCCAUGUAAAAGACAUUUUAUAGCAGACAUCUCUUUUUAUCACACAUCACUUUAAGUUUGGAAUUUAUAUUACCCCUAGAACGGAAAUUUCUGUAGCGAACUCGUCCAAUAAUGUGUCUUAUUCACCAUAUAAAACAAUUUCUAGGGAGAUCUUACUUGAAUUUAUUGCUUUUGUUUUCUUGAUUUAUUAAAUUUGAAUAAAAGA